UCGUGUCACUCGGCGUUUUCUCCGUGAUUUCUGUUGUUUGAUGCACACAUAGCCUGCAUCUGUUCGGGGAGGGAAAACCUUGUGCAAGUGUGUGUGUGGGGGCGCGCGCGCGCCUGUGCGUGUCUUUCGCGCGUGUAUUUGUGUGUUGUCGAACUUGUUGUAUGUGGCGUUUCGUGUCACCGGUCUCGUGCAAGCAUGCAGGCAAACGAGCGGAAAACACAGACACACACGCGCGCGCGCGCACACACCCACGCACGCACACGCAUGCAGUGGCACACAUCUCUGCGCGUGCACGCGCGCGAACGGGUCCAUUUUAUUUCCAGUGGCCGGUUGCAGCGCCGGCGUGUAUGACGGUCGAUGUUCACAUGACGAUAUACAUUGCCUUUAUCAUCCGCGUGCGCGUGUGUGCACGGUAUGCACCAGCGUGAGUUACAGCCUGCUGACCUUAUCCCACUGGAUGUAAUUUUCAUCAUAUCGCGAUAAUUUUUUUUUUUCUUUCUCAAAAGGCUUUAAUCCGCCGGGUGCGAUGUUCGCGCAGAAUGUCAAAAUAAAAUGAAAAUGUCACCUCAGGUCGAUCGGCUCGUCGUCAGUGGGUCUGUUUACGUUCUAUUUUGACAUCAUGUGAAGGCAGGAACGAUGGCAGCAUGAGUGGGCCUUACCGAGGCCCGGGCAGGGACACUCAUCAGUCCGGCUGCCCUUUGACCCCCGGCCGUGACCUCUCCGCCCACUCCGGAGCCCCCAGACACCAUGACCACAGGGUCGGGCUAACCAUGUCUGCCGCGUCCUCCUCCCUCAAGCACGCGUCCGUCUAUGGGUUCACUCAGAGAGACCACUCGUCGUCCUCCUCCUCCUCCUCCUCCUCCACCUACAGUCCUCUCAGGAGGCUGCAACAUCUCACCACCAUGGUGAGCCAGCCGGACCUGGUCCUGCCGGCGAGGGAGCCAGAGAGGAGCUGGGAGUGGGGGGGGGACAGGAAGGACCGGGGGAAGGGGAUGGAGAGAGACUCCUGGGGGGACUGCACCGGCGGUGAUUAUUCCGCCGCCCAGAACCCGAGCCGGGAGGAGGGCUUCGGUGGCUUCUCCGCCGGACAAAAGCGGCCCGCGGUCCAGGCCCGAAGUAGAGACGCGCCGGCGGGCAAUCGCGGCGACCCCGUCGAGUCCAAGGCGGAGGUUUGUUUCUCGGGCCCGCCCAGCCCGGCCUUCUCGCUCGACAGCAACAGCCCCUUCGCCAACGGCUUCCUGCACUUUGAAUCCUCUCUGUUCGAGGAGGACGGCGACGAUGGGGAGGAGGAGGAGGAGGAGGCGGCGGCGCAGGGGCCCGGGUCGCCCCUGGGGGGGGAAGCGUUGCAGGACCAACCCGAGAACGCGGGGAUUGCUCCCCAGUCCGCUCCGGGACACCUCAACCCGCCGCAGUCCAAGGACGCCGCCGCCGCCGCCGCCUCGUCUGCCAAGGUGGUCACCCGCUCGCAGUCCUCGGGUCAGCGCAGGAGAUACUGGGAUGGCUCGGAUGACGAGUGGGAGAGCGGCACCGAGCUGUUGCUGCUCGGGGAUUUUCCCUUGAUGCAUUCAUUGAACGGCCCCAAGAAAAAGUCUUUGCCGCCUUUGAAGUUUUUAGAGGGUGAAGUUAUUUGGGCAAAGUUCAACCGAAGACCAUGGUGGCCGUGUGAGGUGACCGUUGACCCGACGCAGGGAAUCUACCACAAAGUGAAAGAGCCGAGUGACCGUCCCCGUCGGCUCUACCAUGUCAGGACCUUCGGGGAGCCCGUGGAGCUCACCUGGGUGGAGGACAAAGCCACUCACGGUUUCCACGGAGGCUUCGAAUUUGAACAGCUCCCCUUACUUCGCCGAAGGGGGAAGCAAAGGGAGCAGAACUACAAAUACACUAUUGCAAAGCGAUUUCAGGACUCUUGGAAAUCCAGUGUGGCAGAGGCUGAAUUUGUUCUCCAACAGAGACCUAAAAUAGCUUCUUUCAUUCCUUCGUCUAUCGAAGAUGCCUUCCAGGACAGUUCCACACCAAAAAGAAAGAAGAAAGCCCAUCCAACCUUUCCUCCUUCCACUUUACCCACCCUUCCUGAGACAUUGCACAUUACCAAUGGAUCCAUUUCAUCCCCAGUUACAACUUCAGCAAAGACAAGCACUUUAAGGAAAUCUACUGGAAAGAAGCAACCAAGUAAAUCGUCAAAGGACACGAGUAAACCUGCUAAAAAUAUGUUGCACGAUACCACUGAGCAAUCAGAUAGAGGCAAUGAGGAGUGCCCCUAUUCCGACCUCGACUCAGUCCCCAAGAUCUUAUGUCCAAACGCACUUGAACGCCAGUCAAAGUUAGCUCCUGCUCAGCCACUUGUCAAAGAGGUGAAGAAGCCGCCAGAGAUUCAAAGUGGUCUUUGGUUCAGUAAAUUGGGCAAAGACAGACGACCCAAAACAUCCAGCCCGGUGUCCAACCGCACUCUCUUUAGUAAGGUGCCCUGUAAGAAAAAGAACUUGUGUGCUUUGAGUAAAAAGUCAACGGUUCCUGGUGCGUCGUCCUCGGGCGGUGGUUCCGGUGAGCCGUCCUCGGGCGGUGGUUCCGGUGAGCCGUCAGGGUGGUCGGACAAGCAUAAGACCCUGGUACCUGCUGAAAUAAAUCAGUCACCUGAACGGACGGGACAGUUGAGGUGUAAAGACCCCCCGGUUGUUGAUGAGCCAGUUUGUACCACCGGUAGUCCCGCUGACCAGUCCGAAAUGCCAGACGAGCAGAGGCCGCUUUUUUCUUCUGACACUGGUGCGACCUCUGAAAAGCGCCAAUAUUCAAAGGGAGGGCUGACAAGUGAUAUUGUUGCUGGCUCAAAGUUGAACCAAUUGGGUCUCUCAAGUGUGAAAAGGGCCUUAGAGCCCAGCCCAGUAAGUUUCAUAAAUCAAACCAAGUUGAGUGUAAAGACAGUCGGUCAAACUACACUUUUUGACUCCGUGGCUAAUAAAGAAGUCCAUCUUACUGACAGGAUUCCUGACAAAGCAGGGAAAAAAGAAACCAACAAGAAUGCAGGAGCCACUUUGAACGUUGAUACCACUGACCCAUUAGCACGUAAGGAAAAACCAACGAGUCAGGUUUCUAAGUGUAGGCUGCCCUUUGUCAAAUUGACACCCAAGGACAUAAAGAAUAAGAAGUCCCUGGACUCCAGUGUAACCGCUGAUCCCAAUGACCGUCCUAGAUGUAAAAAGAAUGGGAAAACCCCAGAUUCCGUUGUUACUAAACUGACGUCUAAACCGUCGGAUUGGGUUGACGGCAAGGCAGGUCUCUCCGCGGAUCAGGGCCUGGGUUCAGAACCCGUGAAGGUCGCAGUGAAGAAGUUAAAAGCAAGCGGCGGGACCGGUAUUCUUCGCCUAUCGUCCGACUCGUGUCCAGGUAGAACUAUGGUCGCCUCUGACGUGGCACGUGUGUCUGAUGAAUUAGGUGGCCCGGAAACUGUAAAUGUGACCAACUCAUCCUCUGACCAAUCGGUACAGCCACAAUGUAAGAGGCCUCCCGCAUCCACAGGAGCCAGCGUGCCCUGUGAACAGUUGGGCGGUUCCAAGCAGAACAUUACAUCUGCUGGUACUUUGGAUAAAAGUCCAACUUCUCAGAUGCACGGCGAUCUAGUGUGCAGGAAAGCUUCUGCCUCUGGAGGCAAACUCAAGAAAGUUGUCCGCAAAUCAAAGCAGGUUCUUGAAGAAGUUGUUCUUCAGGAGCAGCCCGCUCACCUCCCGGCCAGUAACCGUUUGAUGACCAGAGCCCUGAAGGCCAUGCAGGCGGCGGAUCAGAAGAAGCGGGAAAAUGCCCGAAAGGUGGCUCAGCAGAAAAAACUCUUGAAUCCACACGGAAAGGACGAGGAGGUGCGUAGUUCUGCCCGUAAUUCAAAACAGGACAUUUGCACCGAGGCGAAAUCUCUUAAAUCUCGCAGUAAAAAUAGCGAGUGUGAUCAGGACACUCUUUCGAGCUGUAGCAGCCACCGUUCGACGUUUUCUGACCCGGCUGACUUUGAUGUUGGCGUAAAGAUUGAAGAUGAAGAUCUCUCGGUCUCCUCAACUCCACCAAUGGACUUCAUACCCCUGACUUCUAGGGUAAAGGCAAAGAAGGAAGAUCAUCCCACUGGCAUACCCUCCUCGUCCUCGCCUCCCUCGCCAUUUUCUUUUAUGAAUGCCUUGAAAAACGUGGAAGAGGUAUCCUUCCAGUCGGUGACAAGUGAUGGCCACGGAAAACCCAUCUCUUUCAAAACCGACACAAACUACAAGUUCAGCACUUUUCUCAUGAUGUUGAAGGACUUGCAUGACACGAGGGAGCGAGAGGGGACGCCCCUAGAACUGGACAUUGGGCCACCGAGCGCACAUGUUAAGGAGGAACCCUUAGUGAUGCCCGGAGAGGCGUCACCCUCGGGCCAUGAUCGGCAAACUGAAGAUGUUUGUAAAAAUCUGUAUUUAAGUUCAGACCAAAUUGAAAUCAAACACAGUGAGGAGACCACAAGUCCGAUGCCCAAAAGGCCCUACAAGAGAAGGAGCAGCUCCACCGGGGUUAAAAAGAAGUCCAACCACAAAGUGCCUUGUCGCCCCGCCAGGUCUGGACCUGGUUUCCCUGGAGUCGAUUCCGUGCCGACCGCGGACCUUCCGUCGGGAGCGGACUGCUCGCCGGGAGUCCAGUCCCUGUCGGGCGCGCAGGCCAGCAGCUGGGAGAGGCAAGCCGUUGGUGGUGAAGGAGUAGUCGGCGGGGAGAUGGAGGAGGAUAGGUGGGGCAGAGUAAAUGAGGAUCUUCAGGACAUUGUGCCUUUGGAGCAGAGGGGGUGCGACUCUGCACUGCGUCUGGAACAGCCAAACGGCCUCGCUGCGGACGGCACUGAGACCACCACUAGCUCGAUGCGUAACACUGGAGAAGGCGAAAAGGCUCCGAAAGCACAUAAACGAAUCAGAAAACCAAGCAAGAGGCUGAUUGAAUGGACCGAAGAGUACGAUCAGAUCUUCUCCACCAGGAAGAAAACCAAAAAGCCUCCCGAGUUGAUUGGAAAGGACGCUCAGCCCGCCGUGGCCACGUCCGAACCCCCGGGAUCGGACAGCGGCGCCCAGGACCGGCCGCCAACCGUCAACCUGCUCCCCGAAAUACAGACUCCGCCUCCCAAGGAAACGGCCACGACGGCGCCCUCUGAACUGGAGAUUCCCAGCGCCGAAAACGCAUCCCCACAAGAUGCGCCGGUGCUUUCCGUGGACACGCUGACGCCUCCUCCCGAAUCUGACCUCUCGCUGUCCGAAGGCGUCGUCAAAGACAGCGUCAAUGCUCCCGUAUUGGAGAAGAAGCGAAAGAGGAAACCCACCCAGAAGAUCCUGGAGUACUCUUUGGAGGCAGAGGCCUCAACGGGCCCCAAGAAGAAGGUGAAAACACUGAAGAACAACUCAAAUCCUCAAUCAGAUUCUGGACGGCCAUCUUUGACGCCGAAGCCUAAGCCUCUUGCAGCCUCCGGUUCCACAGCGACCCCCGCGGCGCCGUCCGCCUGUACGCCCCCGGGCCCCCGCCCUAGAUCUCCUGCCCCCUCCUCCCCGGCGCCGGCCCCGCCCAAACCCGCCGACGGGGAGACGGCAUCAUCGGAAGACGUCGCUGCUCCUCAAGCGGAAGACAGAAGGGACGCGGCGGAGUCGGAGGGGGACGUGUCCGGCUUGGAUCAAAGCUUCUCCUCAACGAAGGACUACUUGUCGCUGUGCGACGACCCACUUUUACCCUCCAGGAAGAUCAUCGGCGACCGAGGAGGCCCCGCCUCCAUGAAGGAGAACAUCUGUCAGGUGUGUGAGAAGACGGGGGAGCUGCUCCUCUGCGAGGGCCAGUGCUGCGGAGCCUUCCACCUGCACUGCAUCUCGCUGGCCGAGGCCCCGAAAGGGAAGUUCGUUUGCCCCGAGUGCAAAUCAGGCGUCCACACUUGCUUCGUGUGCAAAAAGCGCGGCGAGGACGUGCGGCGCUGCAUGAUUCCCGUGUGCGGGAAGUUCUACCACGGCGAGUGCAUCGCCGGCUUCGCCCCGACGGCGCCGGUGAACCGGGGCUUCCGCUGCUCCAUCCACGUCUGCCUCACCUGCUUCAUCAGCAACCCCAGCAGCCCGUCCGUCUCUAAAGGUCGCCUGGUGCGGUGUGUGCGCUGCCCGGUCGCCUAUCACGCGACGGACCUCUGCAUGGCGGCGGGCUGCGCCGUGCUGUCCAACAACAGCGUCAUCUGCCCCAACCACUUCGCCCCGCGCCGCGGCGUCAAGAACCACGAACACGUCAACGUCAGCUGGUGCUUCGUCUGCACCGAAGGGGGCAGCCUGCUGUGCUGCGAGUCCUGUCCGGCCGCGUUCCACCGCGAGUGCCUCAACAUCGAGAUGCCCAAAGGCAGCUGGUACUGCAACGACUGCAAGGCCGGGAAGAAGCCCCGCUUCAAGGACAUCCUCUGGGUGAAGGUGGGCCGCUACAGGUGGUGGCCAGCCGAGGUCAGCCAUCCCAAAACCAUCCCGGAGAACAUCCAGCGGAUGAAGCACGACGUCGGGGAGUUUCCCGUUCACUUCUUCGGCUCCAACGAUUACCUGUGGACGUACCAGGCCAGGGUCUUCCCUUACAUGGACGUGGACGCCAACAGCAAGGAGAAGAUGGGGAAGGGCGUCGACGCCACCUACAAGAAAGCUUUGGAGGAGGCGGCGGUUCGGUUUCGGGAGCUGCAGGCCGAGAAGGAGCUUCGGCAGCUUCAGGAGGACAGGAAGAACGACAGGAAGCCUCCGCCGUACAAGCACAUUAAGGUGAAUCGACCAAUCGGGAAGGUGCAGAUCUUCACGGCCGACCUGUCGGAGAUCCCGCGGUGCAACUGCAAGGCGACGGACGAGAGUCCGUGUGGGAUGGACUCCGAGUGCAUCAACCGCAUGCUGCUGUACGAAUGCCACCCGCAGGUUUGCCCGGCGGGCGAGCGCUGCCUCAACCAGGCGUUCAGCAAGCGUCAGUACAGCCAGGUGGAGAUCUUCAGGACGCUGUCUCGAGGCUGGGGGCUCCGCUGCGUCCACGACAUCAAGAAGGGUCAGUUCGUGAGCGAGUACGUCGGCGAGGUGAUUGACGAGGAGGAGUGCAGGUCCAGGAUCAGACACGCCCAGGAGCACGACAUCUGUAACUUCUACAUGCUGACUCUGGACAAGGACCGGAUCAUCGACGCCGGGCCCAAGGGCAACGAGGCCCGCUUCAUGAACCACUGCUGUCAGCCCAACUGCGAGACGCAGAAGUGGACGGUGAGCGGAGACACCCGGGUGGGACUGUUCGCCCUGGUCGACGUCGCCGCGGGCACGGAGCUCACGUUCAACUACAACCUGGAGUGCCUGGGCAACGGGAAGACGGUGUGUAAGUGCGGGGCGCCCAACUGCAGUGGCUUCCUCGGGGUCCGGCCGAAGAACAACCCUCCGCCCGACGACAAGGGCCGCAAGAUGAAGAGGAGGGGCCACGGCAAGAGGAAGAACAAGGCGGUGGUGACCAAAGAGCGAGAGGACGAGUGCUUCAGCUGCGGAGACGGGGGACAGAUGGUGUCCUGUAAGAGACCCGGCUGUCCCAAAGUCUACCACGCCGACUGCCUCAACCUCACCAAGAGGCCCGCGGGUCGCUGGGAAUGUCCGUGGCACCAGUGCGACGUCUGCGGCGAGGAGGCGGCGUCCUUCUGCGAGAUGUGCCCCAGCUCCUACUGCAACCAGCACCGCGAGGGCCUGCUCUUCAUCUCCAAGCUGGACGGCAAGCUGUGCUGCAGCGAGCACGACCCGUGCGGGCCCGACCCGCUGGAGCCCGGGGAGAUCCGGGAGUACGCGCCGGGCCCCGGAGCGCUGACCUCGGGGCUGGGCAUGGCCGUCAUCCCCACCGCCGCUUUUACCGCCGCCGCCGCCGGCAGGGAGGUCCGCGAGGUCGGCGGGCGCCCCUCCGGGUCGCUUCCUCAGUUUUCCCUCCCGGUGCCCAUCACCAUUCCCGUCGCCACGCCGGCUUCCUCGCCCCCCCCGUGCGGCUCGGACCCUCCCAGCAGCCCCCCCGUGUACGACCUCCCGCACUACUCGCCCAUCUCCUCGUAUGAGGAGGAGAGGGAUGUCUUGGAGGAAGAGGAGGAGGAGGAGGAGGAGCUGCUGGAGGAAGUGGAGGAGGAGGAGGAGAACGAGCUGGGGAGGCAGACAUCAGUUUCUCAAGAAGAGGAUGGAGAGGCGGUGAUGGAAUAUCUCGAGAUCAAACAGGACGAUGAGGAGGAGGAGGAUGAUGAGGAGGACGAUGAGGAGGAGGAAGACGAGGAGGAAGACAACGAGAAACAGGAGGACGAGGAAGAUGACGACGACGACGACGAUGACGAUGAUGAUGAUGAAGACGAGGAGGAGGAGGAGGAGUGACGCAGUGGAUUGUGACACAUCCGCACACAGCGAGCCCUCCCAGGGAAGAUGGACCAAUCACAAGUAGCCCAGUCCGUCACUGUUGGAGGAACAUUUAGGGCAAAACUAAAUCAACGCCUAAACAAAGUGUUCAGAAAUCCUAUAAAUAAAACGGCAAAAUACUGUAUAGAACCGUAUUUAUACACCGACUUUUUGUAUUUAUUUAGUUUUGUCCUAACGGUCGUUCCUCGGCACGCAGUGGCUUUGCACACUAACGCUGACUGCACCUUCGUACGCGAGAUCUGACAAAGACGAUGCUCUGGAACUCCUACGUAAUGUACAACUUGAACAUGUGUUUCACUCCAAUAUACUUGUUUUUCUCACAGACAUCACCCGCUGUUUUUUUUGUUGUUUUUUGGGGUAUUUCGGGCAAAGAAAAGACUGCACUGUAACCGUAGCUUCCGGUCAGGGUGACGGGAACUCUUCCCGCCUUCAUCCCACGGAAAAGAACCGGGGGGGAAAAAAAAAAUAACAUGAAUUCCUCCAAAAUCAGCUUUUCAAAACAUUGAAACAGCGGAAACGUGUUCCUCGUGGUUCCAAUUAUCGGCGCGAUUAAAAUUGUAAGAGGCGCCUUUCGGCCUCCGUUUACUCCCGUCUCCCAGUUCCUCCCCGACCAUCUGAUGGUGCUGCGACAUCGGUUUCACCAAUAAAACGAUUCUCAACAUUUGAGCAUUUCAUGCCAAAAACAGGGAAGGAAAAAAAAAAGAAAGGAAAAA